GGACCGUCCAUUGCAUCAACCAGCUGUCCUUUUAAUUACCCUAUUAUCAAUCUGGACUGUCUAUUGACGUGACGAACUAAUCAAUUUCUUUUACGGAACUGGAAAUGUUCAUAGUGGACGGUAUGCUUCAGAUCGCCUCCGUUCCUGGAACUCCAAAGCUCUUCUCUAGCAAAGAGCCUUUUCCCGCCCAUGGAUUUCGCAUCAAAUUACGAAAUCGCCCGCACCGCCGAUUUCAUCCGCAGCAGAAACUUCACCAGAGUCGCAUUGCAGUUCCCUGACGAGCUGUUGAAGGACUCUACAAGAGUCGCCAGCGCUCUCAGAGAUGAGCUUCGAUCGUCACUGGUCGGAGAAUCCGAACCGUCAGAUCGGAGAGAUGUGGGGAUCUACGUGAUGGCGGACACGACGUAUGGUAGCUGCUGCGUGGACGAGGUUGGAGCUUCUCAUGUCGAUGCUGAUUGCGUUGUGCACUAUGGACAUACCUGUCUCAGCCCAACAUCAACAUUGCCAGCGUUGUUUGUUUUUGGUAAAGCUUCUCUUGACGUGAAUGCCUGUGUUGAGUCGCUAUCCAACUGCUUAUCGACCAGUGACAAGCCUGUUAUGGUACUCUUUGGAUUGGAAUAUGCUCAUGCUGUACAAAGUAUCAAAGAAGCAAUGGCAGUUGAGUCAUCAAGAUUGUGUAGAUCCAACGUUUCAUUGCAUUAUGCAGAUGUCAUGUGCAUAUUUAUGAAUCCAGCAGAAGAUAAUAAAACUCACAAUGGGCACAUGGGGUCCUCCAAUGGCUUCUAUGCUAAUGGAGAAGCUCUCAGGCAUGUUGACAACAACAAGACUCUUGAGUCUGAUCCUUGUAAGAGAAUGAAUUCCACAACAGCUGGUAUGAGCUACAGUAUUGGAGGUCUGACAUGGAAUUUACCACAUGGCCACAAGAUGGAGGAUUACUUGCUAUUAUGGAUCGGUUCUGACAAUUCAGCAUUUGCAAACGUUGUUCUCACAUUCAACAGCUGCGAAAUAGUCAGAUAUGAUGCACAUGAAAAUCAUUUGGUGAGGGAUUUGUCUCAUCAGAAAAGGAUUCUCAAGCGAAGAUAUUACCUUGUGGAGAAAGCAAAGGAUGCAAACAUUAUUGGCAUUUUGGUGGGCACUCUCGGUGUAGCCGGAUAUCUGCAUAUGAUUCAUCAAAUGAAAGACUUGAUCAAGGGAGCUGGGAAAAAGGCCUAUACUCUUGUUAUGGGAAGACCGAACCCUGCAAAACUUGCAAACUUCCCCGAGUGUGAUGUUUUCAUUUAUGUCUCCUGCGCCCAAACUGCACUCUUGGAUAGCAAAGAGUUCUUAGCUCCAGUGAUCACACCUUUCGAAGCCAUGCUGGCUUUCAACAGAGGAAGCCAGUGGACAGGAGCAUAUGUGAUGGAAUUUCGUGAUUUGAUGGCUUCUUGUUCUCUAGAAGACAACAACAAAACAGAAGAAGCUCGGUUUUCUUUUCUGAAAGGAAGCUAUGUAGAAGACAUUGUGCUGCAAGGAAAGCCAGAGGAACAGAGGGAAAGAGCUCUCGUCUUGCCAGAGGCAACGGAGAAUGCUCUGAAGGUGGCGGACAAGCACCCACCUGUUUUAGUAAAGGGAACAGCUAAUUCUGGGGCUGAGUAUUUUGCCUCCCGAUCCUAUCAUGGCCUUGACAUGCGGACCGAGAAUGAGCCUCGUUCUUUUGUCAUUGGCAGAACUGGGAAGGCCUCUGGUUACAACCAUGAGAUGCAAAAGCAGGAAGAUUGAUGAAGAGGCCACCGAGUAGCUUCAAAGAAACAGUUUGUUCUCCAAGUGCAGUUCAGGCCACGAAUGGCGACUUUGGUUCUCUUUUGCUUCUUUUUAUGAUGGGUGAGUUACAGUUAAGGUCACCGGCAGUAAAGAUUUAAGCUGAGACCAUGUUGCAUCACCACAACUUCACCAUUGAGAAGAUAAUCGAGAUGCAAGCAUGGGCCGGCAAUGCUCAUUGCCAGCAGUUCUUGUAACAGUAGGUUGUUUUUUUGCAGAGCAAUGAUAAGCUGCUUCUCUCUCUCUCUCUCUCUCUCUCUCUCUCUCUCUCUCUCUCUCCCUCCAUUUUUCUUCUUUAAAUUGUCAAGGUACUUAUAUUUUGUUCGUUGAAUCAAAUACUGGUAUAAUUGCUUAAGAAAGUCCUCCCCAAUCUCCUGGAUUAUCAGCUCAAUCAAAAAGAGGCAGUCGACUGGUCAUCCUGCCUCUGGAUUGUCGACUCCUAUA